GAGCACUCAUCCCAUAGGAACUUGGAGGCCAGCCCUAAGGAAUUCCUGUUAGAGGUCAAGGGGUCAGGUCUGGCGCUGCCUUUCACUUUGCAACAAAGGAAGUUCUUUCUGAAAGUCCGUCUGUCCGUCGUCUUGCCAAUGCUGUGUCCCGAGGGCCCUGAAAGGAGGGCCCAGCUCCCCUGUCUGGCUCCAUAUCCUGAGCGCCAGGGUCCCCCAGGACACUCUCUGGCCUUGAGGCCGCGGUGCCUACCACACGACAAGACAGCACAGUGCUGGGCUCCCCUGAUUUCCGGGUGCUGUAGGGGCGUGGUCUCCGCAGAGGCUGGGUCCUCAGAGUCUAGGCUGUGGCUGCAGUGCCCCUCGCCGGCCACGUCAUGUCGCAGGCCUCUGCAAUGUCGCCACCUCUGCGCUCCCUCCUCCUGGCCCUGGGCCUGGGGCUGGCUGGAACCCUCAAACCCAAUGACCCCAAUACCUGCAGCUUCUGGGAAAGUCCCUUGGUCUGGGUGGGAGUCUGGCUGCAGGACAGGGCGCAGACAGGGAGACUGACGGCCCUUCCGGGCCUCCCCAGGGUUGUCUACAGGACUGUCUACCGCCAGGUGGUGAAGACGGACCACCGGAAGCGCCUGAAGUGCUGCCAGGGUUUCUACGAGAGCCGUGAGGCUUGCGUGCCGCUCUGUGUCCAGGAGUGUGUGCAUGGCCGCUGUGUGGCCCCCAAUCAGUGCCAGUGUGUGCCAGGCUGGCGAGGUGACGACUGCUCCAGUGACUGUUCUCCGGAAGUGUGGGGACCACAGUGUGACAAGCCCUGCAGCUGUGGCAACAGCAGCUCCUGUGACCCCAAGAGUGGGGCAUGUUCCUGCCCCUCUGGUCUGCAGCCCCCCAACUGCCUUCAGCCCUGCUCCCCUGGCCGUUAUGGCCCUGCCUGCCAGCUCUCCUGCAACUGCCACGGGGCACCCUGUGACCCCCAGACUGGAGCCUGCUUCUGCCCCCCAGAGAGAACGGGGCCGAGCUGUGAGGUGCCCUGUCUCCAGGACACUGUUGGCUUCCACUGCCCCAGCACCUCUCCUUGCCACAACGGGGGUGUCUUCGAGGCCUCCCGAGGCUCCUGCAGCUGCCCACCUGGCUGGAUGGGCGCCAUCUGCACCCUGCCCUGCGCCCAGGGCUUCCAUGGACCCAACUGCUCCCAGGAAUGUCGCUGUCACAACGGGGGCCUCUGCAACCCGCUGACCGGGCAGUGCAGCUGCGCUCCUGGCUACACGGGGGAGCGGUGCCGAGAGGAGUGCCCGGUGGGCCACUUCGGACAGGACUGUUGUCCGCCCGACACUUACGGACUCAACUGCUCCUCUCGCUGCUCCUGCGAGAAUGCCAUCGCCUGCUCCCCUAUCGACGGCGCCUGCAUCUGCAAGGAAGGUUGGCAGCGUGGUAACUGCUCUGUGCCCUGCCCACCUGGAACCUGGGGAUUCGGUUGCAAUGCCAGCUGCCAGUGUGCCCAUGAGGCAGCCUGCAGCCCCCAGACUGGAGCCUGUACCUGCACCCCUGGGUGGCACGGGGUCCACUGCCAGCUCCCCUGUCCAAAGGGGAAGUUUGGUGAAGGCUGUGCCCAUCGCUGUGACUGUGACCACUCUGAGGGCUGUGACCCUGUUCACGGACACUGCCAGUGCCAGGCUGGCUGGACAGGUACCCGCUGCCACCUCCCCUGCCCUGAGGGCUUCUGGGGAGCCAACUGUAGCAGCACCUGCACCUGCAAGAAUGGGGGCACCUGCCUCCCCGAGAAUGGCAACUGUGUGUGUGUGCCUGGAUUCCGGGGUCCCUCCUGCCAGAGACCCUGCCAGCCUGGCCGCUAUGGCAAACGCUGUGUGCCCUGCAAGUGUGCUAACCACUCCUCCUGCCAUCCCUCCAAUGGAACCUGCUACUGCCUGGCUGGCUGGACUGGCUCAGACUGUUCUCAACCAUGCCCUCCAGGACGCUGGGGAGACAGCUGCGCCCAGCUCUGCCAGUGUCACCAUGGCGGGACCUGCCACCCCCAGGAUGGAAGCUGUUUUUGCCCCCCAGGCUGGACCGGACACCUCUGCUUGGAAGGCUGUUCUCCAGGGAUGUUUGGUGCUAAUUGCUCCCAACCAUGCCAAUGUGGUUUUGGAGAGAAGUGCCACCCAGAGACCGGGGCCUGUGUGUGUCCUCCAGGGCACAGUGGUGCCCCCUGCAGGAUUGGAAGCCAGGAGCCCUUCACCAUGAUGCCUACCUUUCCAGUGCCCUAUAACUCACUGGGGGCCGUGAUUGGCAUCGCAGUGCUGGGGUCCCUGGUGGUGGCCCUGGUGGCAUUGUUCAUCGGCUACCGCCGUUGGCAAAAAGGCAAGCAGCACCAACACCUGGCAGUGGCGUACAGCAGCGGGCGACUGGAUGGCUCUGAGUACGUCAUGCCAGAUAUCCCUCUGAGCUACAGUCACUACUACUCAAACCCCAGCUACCACACCCUAUCCCAGUGCUCACCUAACCCUCCACCCCCUAACAAGGCUCCAGGCAAUCAGCUCUUUGCCAGCCUCCAGGGCCCUGAGCGGCCAGGUGGGGCCCAUGGGCCUGACAACCACACCACGCUGCCUGCGGACUGGAAGCACCUGGACAGGGGUAGCAGCCGCUUGGACCGAAGCUACAGCUGUAGCUACGGCAACAGUAAUGGCCCAGGCCCAUUCUACGGCAAAGGACCCAUCUCUGAAGACGGGCUGGGGGCCAGUAUGGCUUCCCUGAGCAGUGAGAACCCCUACGCCACCAUCCGGGACCUGCCCAGCCUGCUAGGAGGCCCCCGGGAGAGCAGCUAUGUGGAAAUGAAAGGCCCCCCCUCAGGAUCUCCCCACAGGCAGCCUCCUCAGCUCCCGGCCAGCCAGAGGCCGCGAUACCCCCAGCCGCAGCCGCAGAGAGACAGUGGUCCCUAUCAGCAGCCUAGUGUUCUGCCCCAUGACCCAGACUCCGUGGGCUCCCAGCACCCCCAGCCUCUGGGCCCGACCCCCGGCCACUAUGACUCACCCAAGAACAGCCACAUCCCUGGACACUAUGACUUGCCUCCUGUACGGCACCCCCCAUCCCCCCCACUUUAGCACCGGGACCCCUGAGGGGCCAAGAUGGUGUGCAGAGGCCAGCACACCUGUUCUUGCUGCCCAAGGCUGGGGACAGAGCCGGCUGAACCCUGCCAGGAGCAGGGAGAAGGCUGGCAGGCCGCGAACAUGAACAUGUUUAUGAACAAGUUUAAGAGAGGAAGUGAAUGGAGAGAUGGGAGCCUGGCUCCCGCCUCCACAUUGGGACCCUGGUUGGCAGGAAGCCUGCAGUCCCUUUCCCCAAACCACUGCCCCCCAAGGCUGCCAGGGCCUGUGUACAUAAACUGGUGGGUUGGACAUGGCUGGAUAACUCUGAUUUCAUAUUGAUGUAAAAAAUGUAUAUUGAGCACCUUUUCUCUGCA